CCUGCGCCGGCGGCCGCGCGCUCUCGCUCUCCCGGCGCCAUGGCGGAUCAGCCCGCUGAGGCGGCCCCGGCCCCCACCGCCCCGGCCCCCCCCGCCGCGCUGCCCCUGCCCGCCCCGCCGGGCGGCUCGCAGCGCCUCCUCUUCUCGCACGACCUGGUGUCGGGCCGCUACCGCGGCUCGGUGCGGUUCGGCCUGGUGCGGCUCAUCCACGGCGAGGACUCGGACUCGGAGGAAGAGGAGGGCGGGCGCGGGACCGGCGGCGGCGCCGCCAGCUCCGGGGGCUCCGAGUCGGGAGGCCCCGGGGCCGGCGGCACGGAGGAGGGCCGCGCCAGCCCGCUGCGGCGGGGCUACGUGCGGGUGCAGUGGUACCCGGAGGGCAUCAAGCAGCACGUCAAGGAGACCAAGCUGAAGCUUGAAGAUCGCUCAGUGGUCCCUCGAGAUGUGGUCAGACAUAUGAGCUCCAGUGACAGCCAGUGUGGAACUGUAAUUGAUGUCAACAUAGAGUGUGCUGUGAAGUUGGUUGGAACCAACUGCAUCCUCUAUCCUGUCAACAGCAAAGACCUACAGCAUAUCUGGCCUUUCAUGUAUGGUGACUACAUAGCCUAUGACUGCUGGCUGGGCAAGGUCUAUGAUUUGAAGAACCAGGUCAUCCUCAAGCUUUCCAAUGGAGCCAGGUGUUCUAUGAGCACAGAAGAUGGAGCCAAGCUGUAUGACGUUUGUCCUCACGUCAGUGACUCGGGUCUCUUCUUCGAUGAUUCAUACGGCUUUUAUCCUGGGCAAGUCCUCAUUGGGCCUUCUAAAGUCUUCUCCAGUGUGCAGUGGCUCUCGGGUGUGAAGCCUGUUCUGAGCACAAAGAGCAAGUUCAGAGUGGUGGUGGAAGAGGUACAAGUGGUAGAACUGAAGGUUACUUGGAUCACUAAAAGCUUCUGUCCUGGAGGUACAGACAGUGUAAGUCCUCCUCCCUCCAUAAUCAGCCAGGAGAACCUGUCCAGGGUAAAACGUCUGGGGUGCUUUGAUCAUGCCCAGAGGCAGCUUGGGGAAAGAUGCCUCUAUGUAUUCCCAGACAAAGUGGAGCCUGCAAAACUCACCUGUGAAUGCCCUGAGAGGAAUUGUGUCCUGGGUGAAGGAUCAGUUGCCAAAAAGGUGAGGCGGCUGCUGAAGAAGCAGAUAGUGAAGAUCAUGUCGUGCUCCCCGGAGUCUCAGGGAACCAGUGAAGCUCCUGACAAAGAGUCUGCUGCAGCUGCUGACCAGAAAGCAGAAGAGCUUAAGCCAGGAUCAAAGUGUGAGCUGGAUGACUCUUCCAACAGUGCACCAAGUCCUGGGGAGAGAAAGGAGGAGCAGGCUGAAGAAGUGGGGAAGGAGAAGGGAGGAGCAGCGCGGCAGCAGCAGCCUCCCUAUCUGCUGAAAGACGAAGGGGCGUCUGACUACCGCCUGCAGUCCAUGGAGCAAGAUGCUGAUGAUGAGGCAGCUGAUGACACUGAUGACACCAGCUCUGUCACUUCUUCUGCCAGCUCCACUGCCUCCUCCCAGAGUGGCAACGGCACCAGCCGCAAGAAGAGCAUCCCUCUGUCCAUCAAAAACUUGAAACGGAAGCACAAGAAGAAGAAGACUAAGAUUUCCCGAGAGUUUAAGCCAGGAGACAGAGUUGCUGUGGAAGUGGUGACCACCAUGACUUCAGCUGACGUGAUGUGGCAGGAUGGCACCGUGGAGACAAACAUUCGCUCCAACGAGCUGAUUCCAGUCCAUCAUCUGGACAACAACGAGUUCUGCCCUGGGGACUUUGUGGUGGACAAAAGAGCCCAGAGCUCCCAGGACCCCGGGUUAUAUGGAGUCGUGCAGUCUGGUGACCACAUCGGCCGUACCUGUGUGGUGAAGUGGUUCAAGUUGAAGUCCAGUGGAGAUGAUGUGGAGCUGAUCGGGGAGGAGGAGGAUGUGAGCGUGUAUGACAUCGCUGACCAUCCCGACUUCCGAUUCCGCACCACGGACAUCGUCAUUCGCAUCGGCAACUCGGAUGGAGCCACGGCCAAGGAAGAUGAGCCUUCAGUUGGGCAGGUGGCUCGUGUGGAUGUCAGCAGCAAAGUGGAAGUGGUGUGGGCUGAUAACUCCAAGACUAUCAUUCUGCCUCAGCACUUAUACAACAUUGAAUCAGAGAUUGAGGAGUCAGACUAUGAUUCUGUGGAUGGCAGCACCAGCGGGGCCUCCUCCGAGUGGGAGGAUGAAAGCGACAGCUGGGAGACAGACAAUGGCCUCAUGGAAGAUGACCACCCAAAAAUUGAGGACUUAGAGCCUGAGGAGCCAGCAGCAGAGGAGGUGAAAAAAGUAGAGGAACAGGUCCAGGGAGCUGUGGCCAUGGCAGUUGCAGAUCUUGCUGUGGAGAAAGCUGGCAAGGAUGGGACCCCAAAGAGCUUCCGGGAGCUAAAGGAGGCCAUCAAGAUCUUGGAGAGCCUGAAAAACAUGACUGUGGAGCAGCUGCUGACUGGCUCCCCCACCUCCCCAACAGUGGAGCUGGAGAAACCCACUAGAGAGAAGAAGUUCUUGGAUGAUAUUAAAAAGCUGCAGGAAAACCUAAAGAAGACUUGGGAUAAUGUGGCUAUUGCAGAGGAGGAGAAGAUGGAAGCCAUGGUGGAGACAGAGAAGAAAGAGGAAAAAGCAGAGGCACAGACACCUGUGAGGUCAGAGUGGCCCAGUGAGACACCAGUGCUCUGCCAGCAGAGUGGAGGCAAGCCUGGAGUCACCUUCACCAGUGCCAAGGGAGAAGUCUUCUCCGUGUUGGAGUACGCUCCAGAUACUCAUGCCUUCAAGAAAAUGGAGUUCCAGCCCCCAGAAGCAAAGAAGUUCUUCAGCACCGUGAGGAAGGAGAUGGCUCUGCUGGCCACCUCCCUGCCUGAUGGCAUCAUGGUCAAAACCUUCGAGGAUCGAAUGGAUCUCUUCUCAGCACUGAUAAAAGGGCCCACACGCACACCCUAUGAAGAUGGCCUCUUUCUCUUUGACAUCCAGCUCCCCAACAUCUACCCUGCUGUCCCCCCUCUCUUCCGCUACCUCUCCCAGUGCAGUGGGAGGCUCAACCCCAACCUGUACGACAACGGCAAAGUGUGUGUCAGCCUCUUGGGGACAUGGAUAGGCAAGGGGACAGAAAGGUGGACCAGUAAAUCCAGCCUCCUUCAAGUGCUCAUCUCCAUCCAAGGGCUCAUCCUCGUCAACGAGCCCUACUACAACGAGGCUGGCUUCGACAGCGACCGGGGCCUGCAGGAGGGCUACGAGAACAGCCGCUGCUACAACGAGAUGACGCUGAUCCGCGUGGUGCAGUCCAUGAUGCAGCUCCUGCGCAGGCCUGUCGAGGUCUUCGAGCACGAGAUCCGGGAGCACUUCCGCUGCCACGGCUGGCGCCUGGUGUCCCGCAUCGAGGCCUGGCUGGAGACCAACGAGCUGCUGGAGCGCAGCCGCCGGCAGCCCAACGGGGCCGACCCCGCCGACAGCCCGGAGCAGGGGGCGGCCGCCGAGCUCUGGGACGGGAGGGAGGAGCCGGACGAGGAGCCGCCCGGCACCGGGGAUCCCCAGCGGGACUCGGACCCGGAGAGCACGGGCCAAGCCAGGGGCUCAGACCUGGCCAGAGACCGAACGGACGAGGGGAAGGCUGCCCAGGACUCGGCCUCGCAGCCCAGCGUGAAACCAAAGAAGCGGAGAAAGAGCUACAGGAGUUUCCUCCCGGAGAAGAGCGGGUACCCUGACAUUGGGUUCCCCCUCUUCCCUUUGUCCAAGGGGUUCAUCAAAAGCAUCCGUGGUGUCUUGCAGCAGUACCGGGCUGCCUUAGCGGGGGCCAACAUCCCCGAGUGGACAGAGGACAAAUAAAGCCACGGGGUCAGGGACAGGCAGGUGCGGGGAGAAGGGAAAAGCGGCAGAAGGGAAGUUGGCAAGCGCUGGCACCAGGAAACUGACUUCUCCUGCCAGCUUUUCUUCCUCAGCUUGGUUUGUUCCAAAGAAGGUGGUAGGCCUGAGUGCUCCAAGGAAAGGUUGUCUAAGCAUGAAUAGCUCUUUGCCCUCCUUCCUUCCUUUCCCCUGUCCCAUGUUCCUCUUGCAGGUUUGCCCCUGGUAAGACCUGAGGUCUGUCCUGCAGCCACGUCCCCUCUGCACUUUCAUCUCGGGGCACCUUUCCACACAAGGACUCUUCCCACCCGGUGUUUGCUGGGCCAGGCUUCGGGCCAGAAGCGAUUUGCUGCAGUAUCUGGAGGUGAAGGGUGAUGCCCUCCCAGGCUUUCAUUUUUCUCUGUGUUACCAUGGGUUUGAUGAACCUCCCCCAACUUUACCCACCCUCAGACAUUGGGUUGUGUUUGUGUUGAAGCUGUCGAACCCUACGGAGUUGCUCCGGUCUUAGUUGUUCACAGAUAGCAGGGAGAUUCUUCCUCUCAGGACUUGGCAGAACCAGAGCUCUGCUGGCACUCCUGCUCUGGGAGUGCUGCUGGGUUUCCAUCCAAGUCUGCACCUUCUGGCCAGUUUCUGGAAGCAGUUGUAGCCACCCCCACUCUUUCUCCAGAAUAAGGCAAACUUCCCUUUCCCCACCACACACACCUGAGAGUACAUGGGAUUAGGGUUCUGCCUUUAUCACUUCAGUAUCCUUUCAGCCACCCAGGCUGUCACACAGCACUGCCCCAGCCGGGUCUCCUUGCUGGGCAGGGGCUGUUGGGGUGCUGUGGAUGGGGCAGGGACUGGCACAGCUGCUGCUUCACCAGCUGUGGGCAUUUGGGAGCUGCCUGAGCCAGGGUCAGCCCAGGGGAAGGAGCUGUUGUGUCCUGAUGGGGUCCUAUUGGAGCUGCAGUGGUUUGUGACUGUUCCUGUGCUGUGACUCAGCAGCUGGAGCCCAUCAGACACUGGUGUGGGCUGUUAUCAGUUCCUGCCCCUGGCAGCUGUUUCCCCAUGGUGGCCAGGGGCCCCAGCUUUGUGGGCACAGCACAUCCCAGCCCUGGGCCACCUUCCUCAAGCCCCUUCUGUGUGCAUGCACUUACUGUUCCUUCUGCAGCUGGGACAUCCCCCUCGGCACAGUUUGCCCAAUGCUCAGGCAUUGGAGGAGCACCCACUGAGCACCCACGUGGAGCACAGUCUGUGGGGAGAGGCUGUGGGUCCUUCCAGAGGCACAGGGAGCUGGCAGGGCCAGGCUGAGCCCGUGGCUCUACCAGAAGUAAGGACAGAGCUGAAACUCCCCUUUGUGUCCCCAUCAGCCCUGGGCCAGGAUCUGCAGCCAGAGGAGAGCAGGUGAAUCUCAGCACCUUUGCACGGUGCUUCCUGCUGCUGGAAAGGCCAGGUCAGCACUCACAUCCCCCCCACUGCCAGCUGCCCCAGCCAGGGCCCAGCUCUGCCCACUGACGGGGCUUUGGAAGGUCCCUCCUGCUCCUGGCCCUCAGAGCAGCAGAGUUUGGCUGGGAAGGAUGGCCUGGGUCUGCAGAGCUCUCACUGCUCUGCUCAGGCACUGGGAGCCCCCCUUGCCCUGGCAGAGCCCCUCAGGGUGCAGAGAGGUGCCCUGAGCCCAGGCACCCCCAGCCAUGGCCGUGUCUGAUGACUGAAGCCCUUUGACUGAGGCUGGGGGCCGAUGGGGGCAGAGGAGACAGCAGAGGCUCCUUCCACAGCCACUGAAACCUCUUUCUCACCAGAUAACUUUGGGGUUGAGGAUCUAGAGAUGCCAACUUCUGCUGCAGCUGGGCUGGGAGGAUGGAGGGACUUGGGGGUCCCUCUGUUCCCUGCAGCUCAUCUCCUGGGGAAGGUGCUUCCCUGGGACCCUUCACCCUGCCCACAUCCCCACCCCCCUGCACCUCGAGAAGUCUCUUUGUUUCCUCUGCCCAUAAUCAAGAGCUUUUGCACAGGUCCCUGGGGCUUCAUGCCCAGGAGAGGUGUGUGUUGUGGCCCUGGCAGGGGAGGCUGCUCCUGACUGUCCCAGCCUGAAGCCUGCAGAGGUUUACAGAUUUUCUAAAGCUUUUGAUAAUGUGAAGCUCCCGGGUGAGGAGGCUGGUGGUGAGCACACUGCAGCUAAUGUAAUUUUUUGUGUAUGUAUGUAAUAUUUAAGGGUAACAAAAUUUAAAAGGCUAAAAACCUUAAAAACAAACAAAAAAAAAACCACACAAAAAAAAAAGAAGCCAAAGCAUGAUGCAUAUUGUGAGCCUUAAAACUGGCUACACGACUGUGUGCUGUGCAAACCAGAGCAGCCUGUAACUGUUUUAAGUGCUGGGGUUGGGGGAAGAAGCAUUUACAAAAUCAGGUUGUAGCCUUGAUUCUGUACAGUAUUUAAUGACAAAGAAACCAACCAGCUGCCUGUUGAGGCCGUGCUUAGAGGUGUGUCGUUCCCGUGCAGAUGUGGAUGCUCGGUUGCUUACGAUAUCUGUAUAAAGUGCUGUGUGACCAUUACAACUUUUUUUACCUGCAGAUUUGUUUUGUUUCGUUUUUGUUUGGCUAACCAAGGUGUAACAAAGGAGGGAAGAUGACUUGCCAUUAAAUUUUUGCCUCUGUGAGUA